AUGAACCCUAACGAACCCCCUAUCAUAGAUUUCGCCCCCUUCUAUGCCAACGAUUCAACCAAAGACGACCUCAUCCAUCAAAUCCAACAAGCGUGUGAACAAUUCGGCUUCUUCCAGCUAAUCAACCACGCCAUCCCAACCGAACUACAAGCCGCAGUCCUACAACACUCGAGUGAAUUCUUCAACCUCCCCUUGGAAACGAAAGAGAAAUACAACCAAGCCAGUGGCGGCUUCAACCGCGGAUACGAACGACUACGCUCUCAAAACUUCGAAAAACGCACAAAAGGCGAUCUCAAAGAAGGCUUCUACCUCGGAAAGGACCUGCCACUCGAUGAUCCAUACGUCGUCCAGCGACGCUUCGGCCAAGGACCGAAUAAGUACCCCUCCGAAGUCCCCGACGCGAAAGGCUUCCGUCGCGUCAUGGACGAGUACCACGACGCCAUGAUCGAGCUUGCCGUAGCCAUCAUGCAAGUUAUAGCGCGCACGCUGGGUCUGGAUGAAGAUGUUUUUGGCGAUUUCUGCGAUCAUCCCGUCUCCAUUCUGAGACUGCUUCAUUAUCCGUCCCAGGAGGUUGAUGCGUCCGAUCUUGAGAGAGGAAUCGGCGCUCAUACCGAUUUCGGCGCUAUCACGAUGCUCCUGCAGGAUGAUACGGGCGGGUUGCAGGUAUGGAAUAACCUGUCGUCUGAAUGGGUUGAUGUCACGCCAGUGCCUGGGGCGUAUGUUGUUAAUCUGGGGAAUAUGAUGAUGCGCUGGACGAAUGAUCGGUACUUGUCGAAUCUGCACCGCGUCAUUAAUACCAGUGGCAAGGAGCGGUUUAGUGUUCCCUUCUUCUUCUCGGGGAAUCCGAACUAUACUAUCCGGUGUCUUCCUGGCUGUGAGGAUGCAGAGGAGGGUUCUAGAUAUCCCCCGAUUACCGUCCACGAGUGGAUGGCAGGGAGAUAUGCAGAUACUUAUGGGACUUCAGAUGGGAAGGCCAUUGGGGAGCUGCGCCAGGAGCCUGAUGCGUGA